GCCGUGAUGCGCGGAGCUGCCGCCGCUCCCUCCCGGAGUCGGGACCAAGGCUGCCGCUCGCCCAUUCGUCCGCGGCGAGACUCCCGGACACAGCCCGAGCGGGAUCCCGGACUCGGAGUCCCGGAGAGAGGCCAGUCCCGCGUCGCCAACACCCCGGUGUAAAUUUAUCAAGGUGGAGAAAUGAUAGGCUGCCGAACCUCGGUGUAUUUACUGAGCUGUGUAUUUCUACAUGUCUGUGGAUCCUACUUUUACCUUCCAGCUGAAGCACUUGUCAAAAAUCUGACAAACUGCUGAAUUUAGCUUAGUCAUCAACUGAAGGCAGUUUAAUUUCUAAUGGUUAUUUUCUGGUUGUAUUGAUGGCAUGGAAAACUUCAUGGAAGAAAGCAAUUCAAGCAAAUAAAAGUGCUCAGUGGACAUACAUAUCCUGAUAAGCUAUUAGAAUGCAGCCUGGGCUCUACACCGUUCUGUAGUUUUGAGUGAUCAGGGCUGUGGGCUCUAGGCAGAGGGCAGCCAGCCUGUCCUGAGCACGCCAGCAGUGUGAGCACUAGCCGAGGAUGAUGCACUCCUGACGUGUCCGUCACUCUUCUUGAUCCUCCUGUCUAAAAACUCUUCACUGAAGGCGGCCGAGCAUUGCGCUAUGAAUUACCAACCCAAAAGGAUGUAAAUGUGUGUAGAGCUGAAGGGGAAAAAAUGCACAUCAAGACAACAACUCAAACUCUAAAAAGGUUUAAGCUCCAUUCAGUAUCCAGUGUGCUGUAUACUUGCAAAAUACUAAUUGGAAAUAUACAAAUAAGGCAGAGCAUUUUUUUAAAUGAAUUUACUUCUGUUUUACAGAGUACUUCAAAUCCUCAAAGAUUACGCUUCAUGUCAGUAGAAAUGGACAGCAGCAGUUUUAUUCAGUUUGAUGUGCCCGAGUACAGCAGCACCGUUCUGAGCCAGCUAAACGAGCUCCGCCUGCAAGGGAAACUAUGUGACAUCAUCGUCCACAUUCAGGGUCAGCCGUUCCGAGCCCACAAAGCAGUCCUUGCGGCCAGCUCCCCCUACUUCCGGGACCAUUCAGCAUUAAGUACCAUGAGUGGCUUGUCAAUAUCAGUGAUUAAAAAUCCCAAUGUGUUUGAACAGUUGCUUUCAUUUUGUUACACUGGAAGAAUGUCCUUGCAGCUGAAGGAUGUUGUCAGUUUUCUGACUGCAGCUAGCUUUCUUCAGAUGCAGUGUGUCAUUGACAAGUGCACGCAGAUCCUAGAGAGCAUCCAUUCAAAAAUCAGUGUUGGAGAUGUGGACUCUGUGACCGUCGGUGCGGAAGAGACUCCAGAGAGUCGUAAUGGAGUUAAAGACAGCAGCUACUUUGCCAACCCGGUGGAGAUCUCCCCUCCAUACUGCUCUCAGGUACGGCAGCCUACCACAAGCAGUGAUCUUCGGAUGGAGACGACACCCAGCAAAGCCUUGCGCAGCCGUGUACAGGAGGAAGGGCACUCGGACCGAGGGAGCAGUGGGAGCGUCUCUGAGUACGAGAUUCAGAUCGAGGGGGACCAUGAGCAAGGGGACCUGCUGGGGAGGGAGAGCCAGAUCACUGAAGUGAAAGUGAAGAUGGAAAAGUCUGACCGUCCCAGCUGUUCCGACAGCUCCUCCCUGGGAGACGAUGGCUACCACACCGAGAUGGUUGAUGGGGAACAAGUUGUGGCCGUGAAUGUGGGCUCCUAUGGUUCUGUGCUCCAGCACGCCUACUCUUACUCCCAGGCAGCUUCACAGCCAACCGGCGUAGCUGAAGCUUUUGGAAGUUUGAGUAAUUCCAGCCCAUCCAGAUCCAUGCUGAGCUGUUUCCGAGGAGGUCGUGCCCGCCAGAAGCGGGCUCUGUCUGUCCAUCUGCACAGUGAUCUGCAGGGCUUGGUGCAGGGUUCCGACAGUGAAGCUAUGAUGAAUAACCCCGGGUUUGAGAGCAGCCCCCGGGAGAGGAGUGCAAGAGGUCACUGGUACCCGUACAAUGAGAGGUUGAUCUGUAUUUACUGUGGAAAGUCCUUCAACCAGAAGGGAAGCCUUGACAGGCACAUGCGACUCCAUAUGGGAAUCACCCCCUUUGUGUGCAAGUUCUGCGGGAAGAAGUACACGCGGAAGGACCAGCUGGAGUACCACAUCCGGGGCCAUACCGACGAUAAACCAUUCCGCUGUGAGAUCUGCGGGAAGUGCUUUCCAUUCCAAGGUACCCUCAACCAGCACCUGCGGAAAAACCACCCUGGCAUAGCUGAAGUCAGGAGUCGCAUCGAGUCCCCUGAGAGAACAGAUGUGUAUGUGGAACAGAAACUAGAAAAUGAUGCGUCGGCCUCAGAGAUGGCCCUAGAUUCCCGGAUGGAAAUUCACACGGUGUCUGAUGCUCCUGAUUAAGAUGGUAAAGAAGUGCACCCCACAAAGCACAUUAAUCAACGCCUGUUUGUGAUUUGCUUUGUUGUAACCUUUGGUUUUCCCAACCAUCUGGAAAUCUCUUGGUCUCUUGGCAGUUUUUCUAAGGUUUCUGGAAGGAACACUUCAUUGUGUUUAUCCUUUCCCCCGCCCUCCCUCCCUCAAGGAGCUCAAAGCAUGAAGGGCAGCGUAUCCAGGGAAAACACAGGCUGACAGUAUUCCUCUUUGGCUGAACUCUUCAUCCAAAACCUGCCAGUGAUUUAGCUAUGCCAACUGGUUGACCCUACAUUCUCUGCCAAGAGGCAUACUCUCCCAUUGUGUGCACUGGCACCAGUGCAUUUCCAUGGAGGGAGACUGGGAUGCCGUCAGCUGAUACAAAUGGGUAACCUUUUCUAAUUUAAAAUUACUUUUAGGGGGUAG